AUGUUUUCAGCUUUCAAUCUCUUCGUGUCACUGUUCCUAUAUCGAUAUCUUCGCCUAGUCGUGAAUCUUUUUGCCUUCAGCAGGCUUCGACCAAUACCCAUACCGGACAUCCCACGAUUGACAUCACAAGAUGUCACUGUCGUCAUUCCUUCAAUAGAAGGGGACGGCGAGGUAUUGUGGGAGACUAUUCGCAGCAUCCUCGCAACCGAGCCCUUUGAAAUCAUCCUGGUGACCAUCGACGCGCAUUUGACUCGGGCAGAACUAAUGAUCAAGCACAUGUGCACCUCUAAAGUGAGAAUACGCAGUGUGUCGUAUCCCAAUAAGCGCCGACAGAUGGUUCAUGCUUUGCCCGAUAUUAGAACCGACAUUACAGUUUUUGCAGACGACGACGUUCUCUGGCCGCCGAAAUUGCUGCCCUGGAUGUUGGCACCGCUGGAAGACGAAUCCUAUGGUGGCGUUGGCACAAAUCAGAGGCUCCGGCGUGCGGAAGCUCCAACUCUCCAGCAAAGGGUUUACGGCUACUUGAAUGCCUUGUAUCUGGAAAGGAGGAAUUUCGAUUGUGCAUCAUGUAUGUACAUGGACGGAGGCCUGCCGUGUCUUUCUGGACGGACGGUGGCAUACCGAAGCAACAUACUCAAGGAUAAGGCUUUCAUCGAAGGUUUCACCCAAGAAGUGUGGCUUGGGAGAUACCAGUUGAAUGCAGACGACGACAAUUUUAUUACAAGAUGGCUGGUUUCCCAUGACAAGAAGAUAGGCUACCAGUAUCACAAAGAAGCGGAAAUUUUGACUACGCUUGAAGACAAUCCCAACUUUGUGAAACAGUGCUUGCGGUGGUCUCGGAGCAAUUGGCGGAGUAAUAUUACGAGCAUGUUCUGUGACAGACAUGUUUGGAGAAAGCAGCCAUGGAGCACGUACGCCGUCUAUCAAACGACACUGUUGCAGUGGGCCUUUGUCUGGGAUUGCCUGCUUCUGUAUCUCUAUCACACAAGCACUUCAGCUUGGAGUUACGACGCAAGGAUGCUGGGCCUCGUCACGCUCCUGAGCUGGAUGUUGAUGAGCAAAUUUCUCAAACUGCUGGGCCAUUACAUCCGCCAUCCGGUUGACUUUCUCUUAUUGCCCGUGUCAAUUAUUUUUGGUUAUUUACACGGGCUAAUCAAGGCUAAGGCCAUGAUAUCUCUUAAUGUCACCGCGUGGGGUACCCGCGAUGGAGCAGACGACGACGACGGCUCCCGCAUGAUACGGGUCAAUCGAAAGCAACAGGAGGCCGGCAAUACCUUCUCUAUCCUCGAGACAUCCUCUUACCCAAAUGAGAAAUGCGAAUAUCAGCCCAACUUCCUACGGUGUACAACUGUUUAG